AUGCAAAUUCCUUCUUAUUCUAAGUUUCUUAAGGAAAUUAUGUCUAAAAAGAAGUUGGAAAAAUAUGAAACCAUUGCAUUGAGUGAGGAAUGUAGCAGCUGUGAUUCAGAAAAAGCUUCCCCUAAACUGAAAGACCCAGGAAGUUUAUCCAUUCCUUGCACUAUAGGUGAUAUUAAAUUUUCUAAAGCCUUCUGUGAUUUAGGUGCAAGUGUAUCUCUUAUGUCUUUAUCUAUUUGCAAGAAGUUAGGAUUGCAUAAUAUAAAAUCUACUACAGGAUCUUUGCAACUUGCCGAUAGAUCUAUCAAAUAUCCAAUAGGAAUACUAGAAAAUGUGCUAAUUAAAGUCGAUAAAUUAAUUAUUCCUGUUGAUUUCAUUAUUCUUGAUAUGGAUGAGGAUAUAGAGGUACCUAUUAUUUUAGGUAGACCCUUCUUGGCUACUGUUGGGGCUGUUAUAGAUGUUAAAAAUGGUAUUUUAACGUUUGAAAUUUGUGAAGAGAAAGUUCACUCAAUAUAUUCAAUUCUUCUAAAAACAAUUCACAAUGUGAUCUUGUUUGUCAAGUUGAUAUAUUUGAAGACAUGA